AUGCUUUCUCUUAUUAAUACUUUUCAAGCAAAUUCAUUGUAUAAUUCAGUUUUACAAACCGAAAUGGCCAAUGUUGUUUCAUAUUUUCAAAAUACAACAAAUCAAGCUUUGUUAUCGACAAACUGUACUGCUUUUAUGACUAAUUUGAAGACAGCCAAGUUAGCAGACAAAGUAGCUGCACAAGCAAGAGACCAAAUUGCUUCUGAUAUUCGAAGACAAUUCAAACAAGCUGCUCUUAAUGCUACUGGACUCAAACCGCCUAGUGAAUUAGAUAGCAGUGAAAGCAAGGAACAUCGCUUUUAA